AUGAACAUCCAAGAACUCCAGCGCUUACGUAUGCAUAUCCAGCUUGGUCUGGUGAGUCUCUAUUCUGCCUCUGCCUCUGUAUUGCAUUACGAUCCAAAUCUGACGAUUCGCCUCCCGACCUUUGCUCUCGCACAUACCAGUAAUCAUUGCCGUCUCCGACCCUCGUUCUCGCGGGCGUGGUGCAGCAUCGUGUGGCAUCGACGAUUCGUACAGACAGGCUCGGAUCGCAUGUUCGGAGAAUCGCUCGCGAAUGUUUCAGAGGAAAGUGCAGGAUGCGGCCCGAGAGUCGUGGGAUGGGGUUAG